AUGGUGGAGGAGUUCCGAAAGCUGGUGGUGCAGCUUGGCGGCGAGACGCUGACGGUAGCGCAGGUGGCGGCGGUCGCAGCCGCCAGGGGCUCGAGGGUGGUGCUGGAUGAGUCGGCCCGGGCCGGCAUGGAGGCGAGCAGCAACUGGGUGAGGGAGAGCAUGGAGAAAGGGACAGACAGUUACGGCAUCAUGACCGGGUUCGGGGCGUCCUCGCACCGGAGGACCAACCAGGGUGCGGCCCUCCAGAAGGAGCUCAUUAGAUUCUUGAAUGCCGGCAUCUUCGGCAAGGGGGCUGAAUCGUGCCAUAUGCUGCCUCGCUCGGCCACGAGGGCUGCGAUGCUGGUGAGGAUCAACACCCUACUCCAGGGCUACUCCGGCAUUCGGUUUGACAUCCUGGAAGCAAUCGCCAAGCUCCUCAAUGCGAGCAUCACUCCCUGCUUGCCACUGCGUGGGUCCAUCACGGCCUCAGGAGAUCUUGUCCCGCUCUCCUACAUCACAGGGGUCCUGACCGGGAGACCGAAUGCCGAGGCUGUGGGACCCGAUGGAGAGCUGCUUGAUGCCAAGGAAGCCCUCCGCCUUGCCAGCAUAACAUCGGGCUUCUUUCAGCUGCAGCCAAAGGAGGACCUCGCACUUGUCAACAGCACUGCAGUUGGGUCGGGGCUGGCUGCGAUGGUCCUCUUUGAUACCAACAUUCUUGCUGUUCUCUCGGAGAUCUUAUCGGCAAUCUUUGCGGAGGUGAUGCAGGGCAAGCCCGAAUUCACCAAUCAUUUGACGCAUAAAUUGAAGCACCAUCCCGGUCAGAUCGAAUCUGCGGCUAUCAUGGAACACAUUUUGGAUGGAAGCGCCUAUGUCAAAGCAGCGAAGAAGCUGCCCGAGCUUGAUUCCUUGCAAAAGCCAAAGCAAGAGAGGUACGCUCUGAGGACUUCACCGCAGUGGCUUGGCCCACUGAUCGAAGUGAUUCGAUACUCAACCAAAUCGAUAGAAAGAGAGAUCAACUCAGUCAACGACAACCCCCUGAUCGACGUCUCAAGGAACAAGGCCUUGCACGGCGGCAACUUCCAGGGGACACCGAUUGGCGUCGCCAUGGAUAACACUCGCUUGGCCACCGCGUCUAUGGGGAAGCUCAUGUUCGCACAGUUCUCCGAGCUUGUCAACGACUUCUACAACAAUGGCUUGCCUUGCAAUCUGGCCACUGCUAUGGCGUCCUACUGCUCUGAGCCGCAAUUCCUGGCAAAUCCAGUCAUCAAUCACGUGGAGAGUGCAGAGCAACACAACCAGGACGUGAACUCCCUUGGCCUGAUCGCCUCAAGGAAGACGGCCGAGGCAGUCAAGAUCCUGCAGCUCAUGUCGAGUACCUUCUUGGUGGCGCUCUGCCAGGCAGUUGACCUGAGGCAUCUUGAGGAAAAUCUGAAGAGCACAGUGAAGAGCACGGUGGGCCAAGUGGCCAAGAGGACCCUCACCACCGGCUCGAACGGGGAGCUCCACCCAUCGAGGUUCUGCGAGAAGGACCUGCUCAAAGUGGUGGAUUGGGAGAAUGUCUUUGCCUAUGUGGAUGACCCCUGCAGCGCAACCUACCCACUGUGUCAACACCCACUGAUGGAGAAGCUCAGACAGGUCCUGGCGGAACACGCAUUGUCGAACGGAGAGAGUGAGAAGAACUCGAGCACCUCAAUUUUCCACAAGAUCAGAGUGUUCGAGGCCGAGCUGAAGGCUGUGUUGCCAAAAGAGGAUGAGAGCACCCGCUCGCGUUCGAGAGCGGGAACGUGA